AUGGCACGCCUGCUGCGUGGUGCACAUGCUCCAGUGCUUGCGGUGGAUGUGCGCGGCGAGCUCAUUGAGUGGAAUGAUAAGGUUGCGGCAAUCACGGGCUUCUCGCGGCAGGAGGUGUUGGGACGACCUUUCCUUGAGGAUUUUGUGGUAGAGGGAGUCGAGGAUUUCGAGGCUGCGAUGGUCCUGGCAGUCUUGCACGGCCGUGAGGACUUGGGCGAGUUCGAAGUCAUCAUCCGAACCAAGAGCGAGGCGAAGGCAGUCCUGAGAAUGAGCGGCGCCACUUUCCGCGACACGGCGGGCGAAGUUGCAGGUGUGGUGGCUUGCGGGCAGGAUUUGACCAGUAUCAGGAACAGCAUGCGGGAGGCCACGCGGAUGGCCGAGGAUCUUCAAAGGCUCAUUGAGACUGCCCAUGCCUGCAUUGUCGGCGUAGAUCCGGCUGGGAAUGUCAACGAAUGGAAUAGUCACAUUGCCCAGCUGUCUGGUUGGUCCAAGGAGGACGCAUUGGGCAAAGGUUUAGUGGACAACUUCAUUCUGAAGGAACACCAGACGGAUGUCGCGGACAUGCUCCAGCAGGCGCUCAGCGGUGAAAAGGUGGAAAACGUCGAGUUCUGCCUUGAAGAGCAGGAAGGCACUCGACGCACAGUGCGGCUGAAUGCAUCGGCACGACUUGGCGAGCAGGGGGAGGUCACUGGCGUCCUCUGCGUGGGGCAGGAUGUAACAGAAUUGAAUCGAGUCAUGGCAGAGCAACGCGGGACUGCAGAGGAUCUUGCACUGUUUGUGGAGACUGCCAACGCGCCUAUUGUCGGUGUCUCGCGACAUGGGCUUGUCGUGGAGUGGAAUCGCAAAGCAGCCGCGCUGUCGGGCUUUGCCAAGGACGAAGCUAUGGGUCAAGCCCUUGUCGAGGAGUUCAUCCGGGCCGACUUCCAGGACCGCGUUCGAGCCGUUCUGGAAAAGGCACUUCAGGGUGAAGCGACAGCCAGCUUCAAGUUCGUCCUGGUCAGCAAGUCUGGCGAACACCUGGAGCUUCUGCUGAAUGCCACGCCGCGGCGUGAUUCGCUUGGUGACGUCUUUGGCGUCGUAUUCGUUGGCCAGGACAUCACCGAGCUCGGCAGAGCCAUGGUUGGGGCACAGCAGGUGGCGGAGGAUUUGAAGCGGCUCCUGAACACGGCAAACGUUCCCAUCUUCGAGAUCGACCCGGAGGGCCAGGUGGUGGAGUGGAACCGCAAGGUCGCCACCAUGACCGGCCUCUCCAGAGAGGAGGCUCUUGGCAGAAACAUGGUGGGGACUUUCAUCGCAGAGAAUCAGGAUGAGGUUCGAAAAGUGCUGCGCCAAGCGCUGGAAGGUGAGUCGGCGGAGAAUGUGACAAUACAUCUUUCUGGCAAGGCUGGCGCCAGCCGCUUCGUCCUGUUGAAUGCGACUGCAAAGCAGAGCAGCGAGGGCAACAUCACUGGAGUGAUUUGUGUUGGUCAGGACAUCACCGAGUAUCGCGACCUGAUGAGACAGCAUGAGCUUGUGGCCGACGACCUUCGGAGAUUGAUUGAGACGGCGAAUGCUCCGAUCUUCGGAAUUGAUAGCAAAGGCUGCGUGACCGUCUGGAAUCGCAAGGCAGAGCAGAUAACGUCCUACCCGAAGACGGAAGUGGAGGGCAGAUCAUUUGUGCAGGAGUUCGUCGCCAAGUCAGACAGGCAGAGGAUGCAAGAUAUCGUGGACGCAGCUCUCCAGGGACAAGAGAAAGAGCACUUCGAGAUCGUGCUCUGCUCCAAAGACAGCUCGGAGCACGAGAUCUUGCUCAAUGCGACGCCCCGACGCGGCAGGGACGGUGAGGUCAUCGGUGUCAUUGGAGUUGGCCAGGAUAUCACGGAGAUGAACCGGCAGAAGCAGGAGGCAGUUCGAAUGGCCACAGAGUUGCAGAGCAUCAUACAUUCGGCUGCAGCCCCGAUCAUUGCGGUGGACCGCAAUAAUCGCAUCACCGAGUGGAACAAUCGGGUGGAGGAGAUGACCGGCAUCACUUCAGAACAGGCUGCUGGCAAGGACCUUCUGGUCUAUAUAAAGGAGAACUGCACACCCGAGGUGGCCCGCGUUCUGAAAGAGGUGGUGGAGGAGCGGAAGUCAAAAGCGAACUUGGAGGUGCUGCUCGACACGACGCGCUCACCGGACUACGUCGUCCUGCUGCUGAGCUGCACCCCUCGUCUUGGGAGCGAUGGCAUGCCCAAAGGUGCUAUAUGCAUCGGGCAGGACAUCACAGAAAUGAAGGAGUUGGAUGUCAAGAAGUCGAACAUGGCUGCCGCCGUGACUCAUGAGCUAAGGUCUCCUUUGCAUGGCAUCAUCGGGCUGUCAGAGCAGCUGAUCUCUACUGCAGGCGACGGCUCCCACAAGAAGCCUUUGACCUUGAUCAACGCUUGUGCUCGGCGCUUGCUCGAUGUGGUUACGAACAUCAUGACCUUGUCCGCGCUUGUUCAGGGCAAGCGGACAUCUUUGGCAAGGGACCCGGUGCAGAUUGCCGGCAUCUUGGAAGAGGUACGCCUUCUUUGCGCUGCGGCCGUGGACAAGGCAAAUCGGCCUUUGAAAAAGGCGGAGGUCCAGCUUGUCUUCGACAUCCCGGAGCAGUUGCCAAUCAUCGAGGCAGAUGCCCAUAGAUGCACGCAGAUGUUGUACAAUCUGGUUACAAAUGCUCUGAAGUACACGUGGCAGGGCGAGGUGCACGUCACGGCUUCUGCAGACGACGAACAGCAAAUGGUAACUUUGCAAGUUCGAGACACAGGCAUUGGCAUUGGACAAGCAGCCCGUGAGCGGAUAUUUCUGCCUUUCGAGCAGGAGGACCAAAGUGACUCGCGGCGCUACGAGGGUCUUGGCCUCGGCCUGGCGAUCUCCCAUGCUGUGGCGGAGAAGCAUGGAGGCAGCCUCACUGUUGAGAGUGAGGUUGGCAAAGGCUCGAGCUUCAGAGUGACGCUGCCAUAUCAACCGCCCAAGCUGCAGAUGAGUGCUUGGGACGAGAUGCUGGCUGAGGACGAACAGGCCGAACAGGCCGAGCAGGCCGAGCAGGCCUCGGCGAAGGCCAAUGGCGAUCCAAUCGACAGGACAAGCAAUGUCCAGCAGCACGGGGAGGUGACAAGGCGGCAUCUUGCCCAGUUGUCUGGCACUGGGUACGUCCUGGUCGUGGAUGAUGACCAGCAGGCCCGUCACUACGUACGUGACGUUCUUGAGAGGAUGCAGGCAGAAGUCAUCGAGUGCGCAAGCAGUCACGAGUGCAUGAGCCAGCUGGAGCUCAAUCACUUGAAGCCUGCGCUCGUCAUUGUGGAUGUCAUCCUGUCCGAUGGCACCCAGGGCUUCAGCUUACUGAAAUGGCUGCGUGCUCGCUACGGCUUCCUCGAGCUCCCCAUCGUCGUCAUAUCAAGCGACCAGUCCCGUGAGUGCAUGCUGUUCGCAAUUGAAGCUGGUUGCAACGAGUGGCUGAACAAACCCUUCACCAAGCAGGAGCUUCUGGCACGAAUCGUCCUUGCGACACGCGUGAUUGAAGAAGUGGCCUCACCCCUUUGCGCAAGUCCUGAUCUGAGCUCUGCCUGCUCGGAGGAUGCACCGGAAAUGCCCCGUUCGAGAAGUGGAUCCAGGCUGUCGGUUCCCAUGGAUGCCCGCUUGGCAUCCCUGUCGCCCGAGAGCCGCGAUUGUGCGCCGGCACCACAGUUCCUGGCUCCUCGGUCUGUGUCAAGUGGGCUUAUGCUUCCAAUGCCCGAAUGUGAGGAUGAAGACAAAGAUCCCCCUUCCAGCUUGAAAAGUGGUUCAUCUAGUUCGUCGCGGGCAGCACAGCCAGCAGACUCCAAGGGUCCCAUGGAGCAGAACCAGACAUUCCACCACGUGUCCUCGCACCCGGCACACAAAACGGGUCCAAAGGAGGAUGGUCCAGCCGUGACCUGGGAGCAGGACCUGGACGUCGAGGCUCCUGUUUGCCGGCGAAGUUCCAACCGAUCCAACCGAAGUUCCAGCUCGAUUAUCAAGGCGGCAUCUCCGUCAUCCGGCGACAACACAGCAGUGCCUUGGCAACCAGCCAGGGGCGCACGCUACGCACGCCGAGAUUCUCUCGUGGCAAAGGUGCCACCUGAGCAGUUCCACCAGCUCCACAGCCUGGACUGCUACCGGCUCCUCGCUCGUAUUCUGCCCGUCGAAGCUGUGCAGCAGCUCAUUUGCGGCGAAGUGAUCGAGCCAGAGGGGUGCCCAAACGCAGCCGUGCUGACAGCUUCACUGCAGGGCGUGGAUGAUGUCGACUCAACGGUUCUCAUGGACGCCCUUGGUCACUUCCUGGAUGUACUUGGCACGCUGAGCACAGCUGAAGGCAUCGUUUUCUUCUCGUCCGCCGAGCUGGGUGCAAGCUUCUUGGCAGUCUCGGGUUUUGCAGGCACACCUGGGCACGAGAUUCAGCUCGUGAGAUUUGCCCUUGCAAUGCGGGAUCGGCUGGAAGAGCUGAGGAAAGCGCUGCCCCCGAUGGCCAGUCAGGCCUCGAAGCUCUCCUUGGCCAUUGGUGUCGACAUGGGCAAAGCAACCAGACUCGUGCUUGGGCGACUCUGUCCCUAUGUCACUGUCACCGGGCCCGCUGUGCGGCAAGCCAGGCGGUUAUGUGAGGAGGCGCAUAUCCAGGCCACCAGACAAGGCUUCGCGCAGAUCUUUGUCUCUCAGCUGAUCAUGCGUCGGCUAGGUCCAGUCCUCUCUACCUUGCCGAUAAAGCCCGUGGAUGUCCAGACAGGCGCACCACCUCCGAAGAUGCUGCCGCAGCAAGACGAGGCUGAGGAAUCGAGCCGGAUUUUUGCCCUGCUUCAAGCGAGCGAGGAAUUCCAGAGCUCGAGCCAGAACGAGGGAGUGGACAAGGACAUGCCAAGUAGCCCAAGCGGGCCUUCUCACGCGAAGGCUUCACCGAUGGCGCCGAUCGUGUUCCAUAUUCCGGAAUCGCAGCCCUCCGGCCAAGGCUUCGCGUCGCCAACUUCCCAAGGCUCUUCAGCACCAUCACGGCCAUCACGUGACUGGAUGGCCCUCCAACUGCGUUCGAGACAUCUCCAGCUCGAGAAUUCGCAGCUGACACAGCGAUGUCAGACACUUGAGACACGAUGUCAGCAGCUGCAGCGUCAGCGCAUGGCUUUUCAAGAGCAGAUGGAAGUCGCCCAGCGAGAUGCUCGUCGCUUUGAGAUGGAAAUGAACUUUUGGCGGUUUGGCCUAGCGCAAGGCCUGCAAAGCGGCUCGUAG